AUGGCCUCCAUCCAACAAGUCCCCAAUAACAUGGGGAAUGCCAAUGCCAAUGCUAACAUGGGCUUGCCCUCGGACCUAACGCCUGCUCGUUUGCAGGAGGUCUACCAGAAAUACCGCGAAAUGCAGAAUUCUGGCGUCCGGCAUGAUGAUCCCGAAUAUAUCAAGGCGCAUAACAUCCUUUCCGCCGUACAAAAGCAGCAGGCGUUCGCUAAGCAGCGGCUUCAACAGCAGCAGCUACAGCGACAACAGCAAUUGCAGCAACAAGCCAACGGGAACAAUGCCGAUGGAAUUGUUAAUGGUGCAAAUGGUCGCUCUGGCUCGGUACCAUCUGCGCCUAAUGGAUUCCAAGGUCCAAGCUCCGUUGCUACUGGGGGCCAACCUUCUUCCGCUCAAAAUGCGCUCCCUGGUGCUGCAAGGAAGGUGCCAGCACCGGCCGGAAGCUUUUCAAUCGAACAGCUGAAUAUCCUUCGAAAUCAAAUUGCGGCUUUCAAACUACUUGCCAAGAACAGCCCGGUUCCACUGCCUCUUCAGAAGCAGCUAUUCGGUCAAAUAAAGAGUCAAACGACUACUCCUGUUAACAACGUGGCCGCCGCAGAGUCUGUUAUUGAAGCCGCCACGGAUGCUCAAGGUGACAAGCCAGUUGACACUGCCGAAAAGGAAGCACAACUCAGUAACUUCUAUGAGAAGCUUCAAUCGCCUUACGAACUGCUGUCCACAACAAUUGGCUAUUCCGACCAUGCGAUCAGGGCGAACCGGCCUCGCAUUCCGAGCAUCUUCCCUACAGGUGUUGAUCUGGAACAAGUUCGCGAAGACAGGGAGUUGCUCAUUUACAAUAAGAUUACCGCUCGGAAAGCCGAGCUUGCAAAGCUUCCUGCGAAUCUUGGAGUUUGGGAUACUAGUCGGAGUGAGCUCGCGGCUCCUGAUGAUUCGUUGAAACUGAAGGCUUUGAUUGAAUACAAGAUGCUUCAUCUUCUACCAAAACAGCGUAAAUUUCGCCAACAGAUUCAGCAGGAAAUGUUCCAUUUUGACAAUCUUGGAAUGACUGGAAACCGCUCUGCCCAUCGUCGAAUGAAGAAACAGACGUUACGUGAAGCACGUAUUACAGAGAAACUAGAGAAACAACAACGUGACGCCAGGGAGAACCGCGAUAAGCAGAAACAGGGCGAAAAGAUUCAAGCAAUUCUGGUGCACAGUCAAGAAGUACUGCAAGCUGGCGCUCAACAGCGUGCUCGCAUGCAGAAAUUGGGUCGCGCAAUGCUCCAGCAGCAUCAGCACAUGGAGCGAGAAGAGCAGAAACGUGUGGAACGUACUGCGAAGCAACGUCUACAAGCUCUUAAGGCCAACGAUGAAGAGACUUAUCUUAAGCUCUUGGGCCAGGCAAAGGAUUCUCGUAUUUCUCAUUUGCUGAAACAGACCGAUGGCUUCUUAAAUCAGCUAGCUUCCUCAGUGAAAGAACAACAGCGCAGCCAUGCGGAACGAUAUGGAGGCGAUACUCAGUUUGAAGAAGAAGAGGAAGAAGAGGAGUACGACACAGAUGAAGAGGGCGGCGGUCGUAAAAUUGACUACUACGCUGUGGCUCACCGCAUCAAGGAGGAAGUCACAGUGCAGCCGACUAUCUUGGUUGGUGGAACUCUGAAAGAGUACCAAUUGAAGGGCUUACAAUGGAUGAUUUCACUGUAUAACAACAACCUCAACGGUAUUCUCGCUGAUGAGAUGGGUCUCGGAAAGACCAUUCAAACGAUCAGUUUGCUUACUUACUUGAUCGAAAUCAAGAAGAACAACGGCCCUUUCCUUGUCAUUGUUCCUCUGUCUACACUCACAAACUGGAACCUAGAGUUCGACAAAUGGGCACCAUCGGUAACGAAGGUUGUCUAUAAAGGCCCGCCUACUGUGCGAAAGCAGCACCAACAGACUAUUCGCUACGGUCAAUUCCAGGUUCUCCUCACCACUUAUGAAUACAUUAUCAAGGAUCGUCCCCUGUUGAGCAAAAUCAAAUGGCAGCACAUGAUUGUUGAUGAAGGUCAUCGUAUGAAGAACGCCCAGUCUAAAUUGAGCAGCACCUUGACCCAAUACUAUAACACUCGUUACCGUCUUAUCCUGACAGGUACUCCUCUACAAAAUAACCUUCCAGAAUUGUGGGCCUUGUUGAACUUCGUUCUGCCAAGCAUUUUCAAGUCUGUUAAGUCAUUCGAUGAGUGGUUCAAUACGCCUUUUGCCAAUACCGGUAGCCAAGACCGAAUAGACUUGACCGAAGAAGAACAGCUGCUCGUGAUCCGUCGCCUUCAUAAGGUCCUCCGACCUUUCUUGCUAAGACGCCUGAAGAAGGAUGUCGAAAAAGAUCUUCCUGACAAGCAAGAGCGUGUCAUCAAGUGCCGUUCUUCGGCUUUGCAGGCCAAGCUUUACAAACAACUUCUCACGUCCAACAAGAUGGUCGUCAGCGACGGCAAGGGAGGAAAAAUUGGUAUGCGCGGUCUAAGCAACAUGCUCAUGCAAAUGCGGAAGUUGUGUAACCAUCCUUUUGUCUUUGAACCUGUCGAAGAUCAAAUGAAUCCAACCCGAGGCACCAAUGAUCUCAUUUGGCGUACUGCGGGAAAGUUUGAACUGCUUGACCGUGUAUUGCCUAAGUUCAAGGCCACUGGCCAUCGAGUCUUGCUCUUCUUCCAGAUGACACAAAUCAUGAAUAUCAUGGAAGACUUCCUCCGCUUCCGUGGUCUCAAGUAUCUGCGUCUUGAUGGUUCGACGAAAUCUGACGACCGUUCCGAUCUACUGAAACUGUUCAAUGAUCCCAAUUCAGAUUACUUUUGCUUUCUGCUUUCAACGCGUGCCGGUGGUCUAGGUCUCAACUUGCAGACUGCCGAUACUGUCAUUAUCUACGAUUCAGAUUGGAAUCCCCAUCAAGAUCUGCAAGCCCAGGAUCGUGCUCACCGUAUCGGUCAGAAGAACGAAGUCCGAAUUCUUCGAUUGAUUACGUCAAAUUCGGUCGAAGAAAAGAUUUUGGGACGAGCCCAGUUCAAGCUUGACAUGGAUGGUAAAGUUAUUCAGGCUGGAAAGUUCGAUAACAAGUCAACAAACGAGGAACGAGAGGCUCUUCUCAGGACUCUUUUAGAAAGCGCUGAAGCUGGUGACCAGAUUGGCGGCGAUCAAGAUGAAAUAAUGGAUGACGAUGACUUGAACGUGAUCAUGGCUCGCUCUGAAGACGAGCUAGCAGUCUUCCAGAAGAUCGACCAAGAACGUGCCAAGACAGAUCAUUAUGGUCCUGGUCAUCAGUACCCACGGCUGAUGGGUGAAGAUGAAUUGCCCGAUAUUUAUCUUGCGGAAGAUGUUCCGGUCAGUAAGACUGAAGUUGAAGAAGUCGCCGGACGUGGAGCCCGUGAACGAAAGGUCACACGUUAUGAUGAUGGUCUCACUGAGGAUCAGUGGCUCAUGGCACUUGAUGCUGAUGACGAUACUAUUGAAGACGCCAUCGCCCGCAAAGAGGCGAAAGUCGAGCGAAUGCGUGCCAAUAAGGAAAAACGAGGUCGCAGAGGAACUGGCGCCGAAUCAUCACCCGAGCCAUCUCGUGAGAGUUCUGAAACUCCUCAAAUCAAAAGGCGUCGCAAGGGACCUCAAGGUAAACGGAAAGCGGACGAUAUCGCUGACGAUACACCCGCUACCAAGCGGAAGAGGGGAAAGCCUCCAAAAGUUGUCGAUACUCUCAGUAGCGGUGAUCGCGCAGCCCUGCAGGGGAUUUUGAACAAUGUCUACCAGACAUUGAUUGAUCUCGAGCAAGAGCUUCCACCUGACGAGGAAGACAGCGAUGACGAGCCCAUGUCAAGAUCCAUUAUAGAACCAUUCAUGAAGCCGCCACCCAAGAUACACUAUCCCGAUUAUUACAUGAUCAUCCAAAAUCCCAUCGCUAUGGAUAUGAUAAAGAAGAAGAUCAACCGAGAAGAAUAUCAAAGCACUCGAGAGUUCAGGGCUGAUAUCGGACUUCUGUGCCAAAAUGCCAGGACAUACAAUGAAGACACGAGUGUUUUGUUCGCAGAUGCAAACCAAAUCGAGAGCACAUGUCUGGCAGAAUUGAAAAAGCACACGGCAGAAUAUCCUCAGUUCGCCAACUUUGAAGGAGACGACGAGGCUGCAGGUGGCGUCUCCACGACAGAUGCUUUUGAUAGUGCUGAUACGCCGUCCGGUCAGCCCAAGAUAAAACUUACAUUCAACAGCAAUCGGGACAACUCAGGAGUAGCAAAUGUCGGCGCAGCCAGUGAUGACGAGUGA